AUGGGGCCGGAGGUACAUCAGUAUCCCUUCGUGACGGUGGACGAGUGGAGUAGAGUCUGCGAAUCGUUUGUCUCUGCCUGCCGGCGCUCGAUUGGUGAGCACUGCGAGGCGGACGCAACAUCACACCACCAGCAGCAUGGCGUGGACUUUGUCCGAAUAACGAGGACCGUUGAGCGGUCUAGUGACGGAUCCGCGGACGGUGAAGAGCAAGCUGCAGAUGCGAUCAGCGACUGUGGCGGUGCGUGUGAGGAGGAUUCCGACAAUGAAGUCGCUGUCGUACCCCGCAGCCAGUCCAAAGACGGGCGAUCUUUCAUUGUGACUUAUGAUAUACUGCUCUCAACGUCAUACCGAGUGCCCGUCCUACAUUUCACCGUCAGAGACAUGGCUGGUGGCCCUGUAACCGAUCUGGCAUCUGUUUAUGCGGACAUGAUUCCGACAAGCUUUAAGGACCAGGUCUCCGGGAUUGGUGUCAUAGGUGCUGUAUCCAUGACGGAUCACCCGUUGACCGGACUUCCUUCGUUCUUCGUGCAUCCGUGCAACACUGCAGAUGCGCUGAGGCACGUUGGCGGCGGAAGAUUGGUUUCUGUCUCGGAAUAUCUCUUUCUAUGGAUGGGAAUCAUCGCACCUGCAGUAGGCUUAUCACUUCCGUCUACCGCCUUUCACGGUGCACACCCCGCAGAGCCUCCGAAUGCGUCCGGAGUUGGGGCAGGUGAACACUAG